AGGAAAAAAAAAAUUGGAAAACUUGGUUCUUCACUGCUCCUCCUUCACUUAUUCAGUCAUUCUUGCUCAGUAAGGUGCACAACGGAGAGAGUAGCUGGAAACUCUAGUAACCUCUUUCUCAUCUCGACACCACCCUGUUCUUCCCUUCACCUCGAAGCACCGAAUCAAACUCUCUCUCUGUUCUUUGGAUUCUGAUCUAAAUCUACUCUGUAAAGUAAUGUGCUUCAAGCAACAAAACUUUCACUCUUCAUAGAUAUGAAAUGAUGAUGAUGAAGCAGAAGCUUCUACUUCUACUUCGUCAUCGCCGCAAAAAUAGGGUUCUCUUUCUCUCUCUUCUCUACCUCUCUGUCCUUUCCCCUCUUCUCUUCUUCUCUCACAGGCUCAACCUCCUCGCUCCACUCGGGAAAGAUUUUCUCGAAGACUUAUAUCGCGUUGCAUACAAGACAGAUAGCUUGAAGUUGAAUGCUGUAGAACAGGAGGGUGCUGAAGAAUUAGAAGAGCCAAAUCAUGUUGUUUAUAAAGUAAAAGAUUCAGUUUCAACAAUUAAUUACAAUUCCAACCAGAAUAAUGAUUCUGAGGAGUCUAGAAUUGCAGGGCACAGAUAUGAACUUUUGGAAAGAAAUGUUACAGGAUUCGACCAUGAUGAAAUACGAAAACAGGGAACUAAGCAGAAAGAAUCAUCUUCUAUGGCUGGAGAUAAGGAUAUACAUGUUCAUUCACUUCGAAUGCCCGAUGAUAACAUCCAAGUGACAAACAAGGACUCUGGUAGAAAAGAAGGCAAACAUAAUCAGAUUGUAAAUUCUGAGUCUCAUGAAGUAAGGAAUCCGAAGAUUGAAGAGAUUAAGGAUCAAAUUCUUAGAGCCAAAACAUACUUGAAUCUCGCACCACCAAGUGGCAACUUGCGUUUGAAGGAGUUGGAGCUGCUAAUGAGAGAGCUUGAACAGGCAGUUGGCGAAGCCACCCAGGAUUCAGAUCUGUCAGCGAGUGUUUUGCAGAGUAUGAGACACAUGGAGGCUUCGUUGUCUAAAGCUUACCGCAUAUUCCCAAAUUGUUGUGCUAUGGCUGAUAAGCUCCAAGCAAUGAAGCAUACCACUGAACAGCAAGUUCGUUCUCAGCGAAUUCAAGCAACAUUUCUUGCUCAACUUGCUGGAAGGACCACCCCGAAAGGCCUGCACUGUCUUUCUAUGCGGCUGACUGCGGAAUACUUUGCCAUGAGGCCAGAGGAGAGGAAGCUUCCAAAUGAAAAUAAGAUUUAUAAUCCAGAACUUUAUCAUUAUGCUGUUUUCACUGACAAUGUUCUAGCCUGUGCAGUGGUUGUCAACUCUACUGUCUCUACUGCCAAGGAACCAGAGAAGCUUGUUUUCCAUGUAGUGACUAAUUCACACAACUUACCAGGAAUCUCAAUGUGGUUCUUAUUAAACCCUCUUGACAAAGCAACAGUUCACAUUCAGAGCAUAGACAACUAUAGAUGGUUUUCCAAGUACAAUACCUUAGAGAAACCUAAUUCUAGUGAUCCAAUAUAUACUUCUGAGUUGAACCACCUUCGUUUCUACCUGCCGGAUAUUUUCCCCACUCUAAACAAGAUUAUGCUAUUUGAUCAUGAUGUGGUGGUGCAACAAGAUCUCAGUGAACUAUGGACCGCAGAUAUGAAUGGAAAUGUCAUUGGAGCUGUUGGAACUUGCAAGGAAGGAGAAGCUCCAUUUCACAGGAUGGAUAUGUUCAUAAACAUUUCAGAUCCAUUACUUGGAGAAAGGUUUGAUGUCAAUGCAUGCACUUGGGCAUUUGGGAUGAACUUGUUUGAUUUGCAGCAGUGGAGGAUGCAUAAUUUAACUUCUCUCUAUCACAAAUAUUUGCAAAUGAACAUUGGAAUUCAACCUCUAGGGUGGCUCACCUUCUAUAACAAGACAACAUUGUUGGACAGAAGAUGGCAUGUUCAAGGACUUGGUCAUAACUCUGGUGUUGAUAGAAAUGAGAUUGAGCAUGCUGCUGUUAUACACUAUGAUGGAAUCAGGAAGCCAUGGUUAGAUAUUGCAAUGGGCAGAUAUAAAAAUUAUUGGACCAAAUUCUUGAAAUUUGACCAACCUUUUUUGGAACGGUGCAAUCUCCAGCCAUAGUCCAAAAUCUAAAUUUUUUUAAUCUACGUUAAAUUUAGAAAUACUGUUAUUUAAUUAUUAUUAAAAUUGUUUUUUAUUAUCAUUUGUUGUAUUACAAUUUUUUUUUUCAUAUUUAGUGAUGUAUGUAUAUUCUUAAUUUUUGUUUUCUUUUUUGCAUUGGGAACAAAAGAACAAAGCAAAAGAAAA